AUGAUGCAAACCAGGAAGUUUAAGUACGACGUCAUCGGAUUGACCGAGAAGAGACGACGCCACUCACUGAACCCGGUAUAUGAAACUGGAGAAAAACUGUUCUUAGGAACAUGCGACAGUGGAGGUGUUGGUAGAGUUGGUGUACUCGUCAACACGAGUAUGGCAAAGAACAUCGACUCUUUCGAACAACUUACGACCCGAAUCCGACGUCUGCGGAUGAGAAGAUGUGGUCCAACACCAGCUUUGACUAUCUUCGUCGCUAACGCUCCAGCAUCAAGCUACGAAGGAAAAGAAGUCAAAGUUUUCUAUAUGGACCUGGAGAAGUUCUACCGAGAAGAUCAUGCUUUCUACAAGGUCAUAAUUGGCGAUUUCAACGCCAAAAUCGGUCCAAGAAGAACGCUUGAGGAACUUCAACUUCGGGACCCAUGGCCUGCAAUGGACUGA